GAUGAGUGGUAUCAAGAGGAUUCUAUCCACUCUGUUUCUGCUGCCACGUGCCAGCGUUGUGGCAAAACUGGCCACGUUGACAAGGACUGUAAAACAGACCUUUCCAAAGUACAGUGUUUUAAUCGCCCCCAGUACGGUCAUAUUGGUGCUAGAUGUCCCAAGCCGAAGUCUAAAGCGAAGCCUUCUUCCGAGACUUGCAAUCAAAGUGGCAAAGCUACUGAGACGAACAGCGCUGACAAAGGGAGUGGCAAGGGCCCCAAGGGCCGCGGCAAAGGCAAAGGCCCGAAAGGCCGUGGUCGUUCUGGCAAAGGAGGCAAGAAGGGCAAAAUGCAUGAGGUGACGGAAGACGUUGAAGGUGAAUAUGGUGCUGAGGAUGCUGGGACUUACGAGGUUGGCGACUACGAGGCGGAAGAAGCUGAAGCAAACAGUUUGCUUGUGAUGCCUGUCCUCUUGGAUGAAGAAAAUGUCCAGGUUGACGCAGAUGACAGCUGGUCGUGGUGGCUGCUGGAUUCUGGUGCAUCCGUCACAGUGAUUGCCGGUCACUUCGGGCUAUUAUGCUUUGUCACACAUCAAAAAUGCUCAGAAGGGUAG